UAAUAAUUAUGGUUUUGCUGGCAUUGCUCAGCGAUGGAGGGGGGCCAUCAAAUGUUCCAUAUGAUUGCAUGUCUGGCUGGCAUAUCACGCCAUUGUCUGCGAACAUCAAAAAUUAAGAACUCAAUAAUUCAACAAUUCAGUCCACCUGCGAUGCGCAUGUGAAACAUGUGCGUGAUGAUUAGGAGAGCACGCAAUCGAGGGCAUGGGCAGGCAUAUAAUCGGGUGGACAGCCGCGCUCUCUCGGACAGUCCGUAUUCUGAACAGGGCAAUCUAUAGUAGCCUUUUCGAGACGCCUCCCGACGAACCACAGUAAGUAGCAACAUUGAAGCAGACAGCAUGGGUGAUGAAGCACCGGUCCCUGCGACCGACCCCGCGGUCUAUGACGAGUAUCAGGCCAAAUGGUCUACCCUUCCCGAGGAUGAACAAGGCUGGCUGGCUCGUGCUCGCGAGGUCGCCAAGGUCCUUGCCCAGGAUGCCGUAGUGCGCGAUCAAGAGAAUAAGUCCCCCGUGGCUGAGGUCGCGCUGCUUAAACACUCUGGUCUGCUGAAGACUUUGGGCCCCAAGAAGUAUGGUGGCGGCGAGCAACCCUGGAAUGUCGGAUAUAAAGUCAUUCGGGAGGUUGCAAAAGCUGACGGGUCAAUCGGUAUGCUGCUUGGUUACCAUCUACUCUGGUCACGAACGGCCGAUAUCGUAGGCACAGGCGAGCAACGCGACCGUCUCGACCAACUAAUAAUCACGAACAAUUAUUUCGUUGGCGGCGCGGUAAACCCCCGUGACAAUGACCUCCAAAUUAGCGCCGACGGUGACAACAUCGUCUUUAAUGGCGCCAAGCACUUCAAUACUGGGGGAGUAAUCUCAGAUCUGACUGUCCUGGAGGGCGUCCUUGAAGGCACUAGUGACCAUAUCUUUGCCAUUGUGCAUACGAGGCAACCGGGAAUUCAAUUCGCGCAUAACUGGCACAACAUUGGCCUGCGCUUGACCGAGUCCGGUAGUGUCAAGAUUGAAAACGUCCAUGCCUCCUGGACAGAUGCUCUCGGAUGGGACGCAGUGGAGCGUAAACCGCUACCUAGUGUGUUGCAGAUUCAUUGGGGGAGCCUGCUUCUCCCGGCUAUUCAACUUGUCUUUAGCAAUUUCUACCUGGGAAUUGCUAUUGGUGCGCUGGAAUACGCUUCCAAAUACACUACCAGCAACACACGCGCCUGGCCCUUCGGUGGCGAUGUCAAACAGUCUCCUACUGAAGAGUUCUACAUUUUAGAAAGAUAUGGUAACUUUUUUGCACACCUGCGCGCCGCUGAAGCUCUCGCCGACCGUGCUGGCGACAACAUCACUGCUCUGUUUGCUCGCUACGGCAAUGACCACGCUAAGCUGACGGCAGAAGAGCGGGGAGAAGUUUCAGAGUGGGUUGCCAGUGUCAAGGUCGUCACUAUAGACAUAGGACUUAGAGUUACCUCGGGUGUUUUUGAGGUAACGGGGUCUAGGGCCACUUCUUUGAAAGUGGGACUAGAUAGAUUCUGGCGAGACUUGAGGACACACACACUCCAUGACCCGGUGGCGUACAAGAAUAGAGAACUGGGUAGAUAUGUGCUUUUAGGAGAGAUCCCACAGCCGACAUGGUAUACUUGAUGGGGCCGGACUGUUCGUCAUUGAUGGUGGUUAAUUAUUCUACCUGGUUUGGUCAUUCAUUGAGUAUGCAUUACUACUAUAUCGUGUCAUCUAUAAAAUUCUUUUCCCAAGGUAUACUACCUGAAGUUAUCCAGCGGGGACUUACUACGAAGUAUCCUCCGGAUAUGUUUAAGAUUUUUGGUUUGCGCUCAUUCGUCAUACGAUUUAUUUAGGUUUCUAUCAAAUUGGUAAUAAUUUGAAGCAGUUGACAAACCUCUGUUACUAGCUGUACUGGGAGAUAAAAUCCUAUCCUUGUUCAUAGAAGCCAACUUUUAUUCUACAUAGAUCUCUAAAUAGCCCC